AUGACCUCUGAUCAGCUCCUCCUCAACCAAGGACAUUACCUGGUGGUUAUCCCUGCAGAUCUCCGCUACCCAUCCAUCCAAGUUGCCUGCCUCCAUAUCACCUGUUAUGAAGCAAAGAUUCAAGUAAAGCUGGUCCUGGAGCGUUUUGCAGGACAUGAUCUUUUAGUGCAAAAAAACAUCCACAAGGAGAAAACUUUCAUGUGCACUAAGUUCUGGGUUGCACCUCCAGCUGAUGGCACAGAGGAGAUUGCCACUGUCAGACUGAUUAUUACAGGUCAAGAGGUCAAUAUUGAAGAGAAGAAAAAGGUCUUGAUCCGCAAGGCGAGCAGUGGCACCUUCAUUCAAAUGGACAAGCCCAUCUAUAAACCAGGGCAAACAGUGAAAUUUCGUAUUGUGACUCUGGAUGAGGACUUCACUGUGUUUAAUGAUUCGAUUUCCCUGUUUCUCCAGGACCCCAAGAACAACCGGAUAGAGCAGUGGCUGAAUGUGGUGCCCCAGGGAGGCAUUGCGGAUCUGUCUUUCCAACUAAGUGAUGAGCCUCUGCUGGGGACAUAUGUCAUCAAUGUAACCAACAGGAAAACAUAUGGCAGCUUCAGCGUUGAGGAGUAUGUGCUGCCAAAAUUUGAAGUGAUCUUUGAGACACCAGUGGUGAUUUAUGCACUAGAUAAAACUUUUCCACUUCGGGUAUGUGGCAGAUACAGCUAUGGGAAAGCUGUCCAGGGGAUGAUUUAUGUGAGCCUUUGUCAGAAGAUAUCCCAGUUCUCGCCCAGUGCUUCAAAACAUGAUCUCUGUCAGGAAUUCAACAACCAGGUGAGUUGCUUAGCAGAAGCUGAAAACAGUGAAAGUUGUGGUGAGCCCCAGGCUAACACAAGGCUGCUGGAGCUCUGCCUGUGCUGGCUCUGUGAAUCAGCAGUUCACAAAGUAGGCUCAUGGGAUGUAUCCUGGGAUAAAGGAGAACCUGAUCUCCACAGAAGCCCUGCACAGGACUUCGGAUUGUGUCCUGUGAGAAAGGCUGAAGGUUCAGUCAUCUGUUGCUCCAUACGACAAGAUUCUAUUAAAUGCUUCUAUUGCUGUCUACUUCUCUUCAGUCCUAGUGGAAACCAGACUGUCACUGUCACUGUGCCUAACACUAUCACAAGAUGGAAAGCUGGGAUGUUCUGCACAGGACGUAAUGGCUUUGGACUAGCUUCAGCCUCCAGUCCUUGUUUCAAGCCCUUUUUUGUGGAGCUCACACUUCCAUCUUCUGUGAUCCAGGGUGAGACCUUCAUCUUGAAGGCCACAGUCUUCAACUACCUACAGCAAUGUAUGAAGGUUGGUGAGCCCUUUUUUUUUUUUUUUUUUGGUCCUUUUUGUCAUACCUUACACCCCCUGGUAUCAGGGAGUCCAGCAGAGGAGUCUGUGUCCUUAAUGUUGCCUCUAAAUGUCGUUGAAGGUUCAGUGAGAGCUACUUUCUCGAUCACUGGUGACCUCAUGGGGACAGCACUGCAAAACUUGGACCACCUGGUGCAGAUGCCCCAUGGCUGUGGGGAGCAGAACAUGGUAUUGUUUGCUCCCAUUGUCUAUGUGCUGCAGUACCUGGAGAAGACAAGGCAGCUGACUCCUGAGAUUAAGGAGAGGGCAACAGGAUUCUUGCGCAAUGGGUACCAGAUACAGCUGCAAUAUCAACAUCCUGAUGGUUCUUUCAGUGAAUUUGGUAGCAGGGAUGAGUACGGUAAUACUUGGCUGACUGCAUUUGUGGUCAAAUGCUUUGUCCAAGCCAAGCCAUACAUUUUCCUGGACAACAGAAGCAUCCAAGCUGCUUUCAAUUGGCUGGAAUUCCACCAGCUUCCGAAUGGCUGCUUCACAGAUGUGGGCCAACUUUUCCACACAGCUAUGAAGGGAGGUAUGGAUGGGAAAGUUCUCUUGGCUGCCUACAUCUCUGCUGCUUACAUGGAGAGAGGAGAUACACCAGAGAGUACAGUGGUGCGCAAGGCUCUGGGGUGUAUCAUUCCUUCCCUUCCCAAAGCUGCCAGCACUUACACACAGGCCCUGCUGGCCUACACCUUCGCCCUGGCAAAGGAUGAACAACGCACACAAGAGCUUCUUUACAUACUUGAUCAAAAGGCAAUCAGAGCAGGUGGGCAGAUCCAUUGGAGUCAGACCCCAUCCAAGACGCACAGCACUGGCCUUUGGUCACAGCCACUAUCUGUGGAUGUGGAGUUAACAGCUUAUGUCCUUCUGGCCCUACUCUCCAAGCCAAAUGUCACAGAGGCUGACUUCACCACAGCCUCUGGCAUUGUGGUCUGGCUCACCAGACAGCAAAAUGCCUAUGGAGGAUUUGCCUCAACACAGGAUACAGUAGUUGCCCUGCAGGCCUUGGCUAAAUAUGCAGCACUGACACACAACACAAAAGGGGUUGCAGAAGUGAUGGUGAGGUCCCAGAGAAUCUCUGUGAGGAAGUUCCAAGUUUCCUACCGGAAUCGGCUUUUGGUGCAGGAGAUGGCACUGACAGAAAUCCCAGGAAAGUUCUCAGUGCAAGCCCAUGGCAGCUGUUGUGUCUUUACCCGGACGGUGCUGAGAUACAACAUUCCCUCCCCACAGGUUUCCAAAUCCUUUGCCUUACAAGUGAAAACCAAGCCAGAUAAUUGCACUGAGGAUGAUGCAUACUCUGUUACUCUCUAUGUCAAUGUCAGGUACACUGGGAAGAGAGCCAUUUCCAACAUGGUGAUUGUGGAAGUGUCCCUACUGACUGGAUUUGUCCUGGCUGCAAGAUCUGAGAUGUCUUCACAUCAUUGGUAUCCUGUGAGAAGAACAGAGAAAACCCAAGCAGGUGUUGCCAUCUACUUGGACAAGCUGAGCCAUAUGUCUGAGACAUAUGUCCUGCAUCUGGAAAGGGAAAUUGGAGUGACCAACCUGAAGCCAGCAUAUGUCAGGGUCUAUGACUACUACCAUCCAGAGGAGCAGGCCCUUACUGAUUAUAAUGUUUUCUGCAUCUGAGGUAGGUGUGUACCCCACGAAGAUUUUUUACUGUUCCCUUCCUCAACCACUAUACAGAUCUAGUAACCUCAUUAUGUUUCUUCUCUUGCUGCCUGAGAAGAACCUUGCAAACCACUGAUUCAGCAUGUUCCCUUUAUUUAGAACUUCAUCUGGAAUUUCCUGAGCCUCCAGGGAUUUUAUCAUCUGUCCUCUGUUUUCUGGUUUUGUCAUUGCUGUACUGCUCUGUAGGUGGGACAUGAAAUGAUUAACAUAUGCUCUUGGUAUGAAGGACUAGUCAUGCAUUUUAAGGAUUCUCCAAAGGAUAUCUGGGCUGGUAUAGUGCAUGGGCCAGCUAAAUAACAGUGCUUGCAGACGGUUUGCACUGUGACAGAAGAAAUUCCAAGCAGAAUUCAAGGUAUUAGUUUUAGUUUACACUAUUUGGGUAUGGAAUAGAAUCAUAGAAUAUUCCAAGUUGGAAGGGACUAUGACAGUCAUCAAGUCCAACUCCUGACACUGCAGAAUGUUCCACCUUUUUUUCUGGGAAAAGGCUGAAUUAAGACAAGGGUACUUAAUUAAACCACAGAAGCACUGUCCUUGAGAGUCCUUAUUGAGGAUCUGGUCUCCAUAGCUGCUAGCAUCCCAGAAAUAAUAACUUUGGUUAUGCUAUUUUCUCUCUGAUUUGAUCCCUCUUUUUACUUUCAUUUCUCCAGAGACAUGGCCUGCUCUCUUACUGUCCACUGUUUCAGCCCACAGGAGUUCUACUAGUGGGACAUGCCCUAGGAUGGAAAUCACAGUUUCUGGUAUGCUGGGGCAUGCGUCACCUGGAAAGUCACAUCUCAUGGACUUUGAUAUUGGUGCUGAGGAAGAUCUCAAAUUGGAUUUCGGGAUGAAACUCAGGCCAUGCCGUGCUGCUCAUCUUGACAGCCAUUUUUGGGUGUAUUCUUUUGGGUGUCUGAUUAAUUCUGAUUGCUUUAAUCCAGGGA